AUGGUUUCACAUCAACCGUGAGUUCCACUGACUGAUAAAACUCGCUGUGGGCUGCGCGCGGUUAAGCGUGUGUGCGAGGCGUCCGCUGGAAUUACCGCAGUUAGUGGUGGAUGCCUACCGGUGAGACACAUUUAAAUGUCUUAGCAUCUUGUUGGAGUUGGAUAAGAGAUGACGGGUCCCUAGCGACGCAUAAGGUGGCCUGAAUCUCAACCAAAGAGGAAUAAUAACUGAAGACAACAUCCGAAGUUGGCAUGAAGUAGUGCGCUUCGAACGCAUUCAAACUAAGGAGAUUUAUAUCCAGGAUUAUUGCUCAAAGUCUCCAAAAUAUCUUCCUUAUGACUAUAUCUUAAAUACAAGAUCCAACUGGUUGAGUUUAAGUGUUUUUGAAGACAGUUUGAGUCAUGAUGAAUUCCAGGCGCACGAUGUUUUUUGCAGUCUAUGGUUGGGAGUCAAUGGUGCUGUCCAGCGUCCUGCUUCUGCACAUCAUUCCUUUGUGUGCUAAUGGCAGUUCAUUUAUCUCCAAUUCUACUGGCACUAACUCCUCAGACUUAAAUGGGGUGGGGCUUAAGCCUGCACUUCCUGGUGAGGCCACACCUAUUGCCCAGGCCCACGUUCACUCUCGGAAACCACGAGCUGGAGAGGAGUCAGGCAGCGGUGGAGAAACCUCAACCAGUGCUGCGACGGACAUCAGUGUUGACUCAGCUGAAAGGGAACACCUCAUUGAUCUGCCGAUAGAUGGCAUAGCUGCCCGGCUGCCCACUCUGGCUCAACCCCGGAAACGUGGCUUGUCCCAGCUAGACCUUAGCGAGGAGGGAAUCGAGGACAGUGGUCCUCGCUGGAAGAGCGAGAAACUACAAGCAGAUGGGACGUUGUUUGAUGAGGUCACGAUUCCUCCUCCUGCGUUUACCGAUUCCCAAGUAGAAGAAAUUAUCACGGUGAAUUUUUACAACCCUUCUCAUGAACAGCACAUUGUCCAUGAUCCUCCUGCUUGGUUUCAGGAGCUCCAGGGAGGAGAUCCAACCUCCUGGACACUUUCUGAUUUUUAUGAUUAUCUGUCACCUGAAUAUUCUCCUACUGAAGUUUACCUAGAGGAGAGCCAAGCAACGCCACCUAACAUGGAAGAUGAAAACGUUCCUCUCGUUGCCAGCGUGGUUCCCUCCAACACCAGAGUUUUUACCCCUGAUGAGGGUGGAUCUGGAGAAACUUCACCUGGAGUAUCGGUCGUGCUUAACAACUCUGGUUGUCUUCUUGGAUUUGUGCGUUUCAAUAACACAUGUGUCUCACCGUGCGACAUCUUCACCAGUUACUGCUUCAAUGGGGGACAGUGUUAUGUGGUUGAGGGUAUUGGUGCCUUUUGCCGGUGUAACAUUCAGGAGUAUAUAUGGAACAAGGGUUCCAGGUGUGAGUCGGUUAUUUCAGACUUCCAAGUGAUGUGUAUAGCAGUGGGCGGGGCUGCCAUCAUGUUGCUCUUCCUCUUCAUGGUUAUAGUCUUUUUCUCCAAGAGGCUGCACAUGCUUAAGACUGAAAACAGACGCCUUCGCAAGCAUGGUAAAUGCCGUCCAAAGUCGGAGCAGCACAUCGAUAACUUCUCGCUGUCCACCGUCGCAGAGGGCUCUCAGGCAAAUGUAAGGAAACUGUGUGACACCCCGACUAACCUCCCCCAUGCCCGUGCUUUGGCUUACUAUGAUAACAUUAUGUGUCAGGAUGACGCUUGCAAAGAAGAGCCAUGCAAAUGUCCCCCUAAAGAGGACGAGCCUUUGAACAACCAGAACUCACUCAUGCCAAAACUCGAAAACAACAAGGCCGCCACAGAAGACAAUGCAGAGGAGGGUGGUGUGACCAUCGACUUAGAGUUGCUUCUCCCCAAAGAGGCGAAAAUGCUCCCCGAGACAAGCCCCCCGCUUCACUACAACGUCUUCCUCUACAAGCACCCUAAAUCCCCUAAAAAGUCCCCUGUGUUGCGCCGGCCUCCUGGCAAAUCUGUACAGGGGAGGCCUCUGUCCCAGCUCUGCUCCAGACGCAGCUCCGAACCCGGCUACAGCCCCAUUAGCACACGUUCCUUACCAGGAGUGCUCUCUGGGUCAUCCAGCCCUUACCUGGGCACGGCCUACACACCUUAAUACAAGUGGAAGCCUUCAACACUGUCUGAUGUACAACGACUUGAACAAAAGAAAUGACAAAUUAUACUUCACAUAUGCAACUUGACCGUUACAAAUUAUGAGACACUGAUUGUUAACAAGUGAGGGUUUUGGAUGAACAAGACAUGAAUUCGGACACAAUUUAAUAGCAUUGACCUUGACUCGUAUUUGAAACAAAACAGCACAGCAGCGCAACGAAGGUUAGUAGAUCAUAAAUGGCAAGACAAAGUAGCAGUGUUGUGCAACAGGAAUAUAAAGGGAAAAUAAGAAUUUGAAAAACUAUUGGUAUUACAGUCACAAAUGUGGAUUUCAGAUGUGUUAUGGUGCCAUGUUGUAUGUUGUAUUUUUGUCAAACAGCACAUUCAUAUUCACACACAUGCAUUGACAGAAAUGAUGGAACCUGUAAACAUUCAGGGUAUACAAACAAAUUGAUAACUAUUAUUAUUAACAAGGUGCUUUUUGUGUUUUUAAUGUUAGAUUAAUACUUUCACUGAGAAUAAAGAAUUUUAGAAUUGUUUAGA